AUGGAAAGAUUAAUACCAAAUUCACAGUUCAAAAGUGACGAAAUACUCCUAGAGGAAAAGCAAUUUGGAGUGAAUUUAGUUCAAAGCGUUUGUAAAGACAUUUUGGAUGAAAAUCUUUAUGACUUGAAGUACAAUGCUGCAAGAUGUAAGGUUCUGGCAACAGAGCUGAGUGAGAGAAUGCGUAACGAAGUACGAGCAAUUACAGCCAGCAAGUAUAAAGUUAUUAGCACAGUAAGCAUUGGAUCUUUACAAAGUCAACUCAACGUUGAAAGUCGAUGCCUGUGGCUGCCGCAAAGCGACUCAUUUACUAGUGUUUCUUUCAAGAAUUCGUCUAUAUUUGCUAUAGCUACGAUUUUCUGGAUUUCGAUUGACUGA